AUUUAAUAUUUUAUUUUAUUUAAUAUCAAAAAAUAUAUAAUUUAUAUUUUAAAUAUAUUCUUUACUUUUUGAAAUUUUUGAAAUUUUAAUAUAUAAAAUUUCGAAAUUUUUUUAAAUUUUCCAAAUUUAAUAUAUUUUUUUAAUAUCAAAAAAAUAUAUAUUAAAAUGUCGAGAGAGUCCGGUAGAAGGUCCGUGGAUAUGGGCGACGUGAACCGAAGAUUGAGUAAAGGCAAAGCUAAAGCCACCUCUGACGGUUCAACCUCACGCGGACGCGGUUCUCGAGGAAGACACUCUGUCUCUUCCUUUCCUACUAUCCCCGAUCACUUAAUCGGGGACGCUAUGACGGAUGAAGAAUUCGAACAGAUUUAUUCUGGUAGAGGGGACACUAAUCUCCCCACUCUUGAUAGUGUAUUCGAAGAUCUUGAUGAAGCAAGACUGGAUAAUCUAGACAGGGACGAGGAGCCUACACCACAGAGCAACGACGUCGGCGUGGAGGCAGGUGAGCUCGAGACCUCUCGAGGUCCGGACAAAGAUUUGUUUAAGGAAUAUCAAGGGUUAUACGAUACUGUACAAGAAGAAACAGCACCACCUCCGCCCCCGAAAUCAAAAAAAGGUUUUGCCGGAAUAGUCGGUGGCCUUCUUGCAAAGAAAGGGAAGCGUGCCCAGUCUUCGACGAGUUCAAGUGGUACAACAGUAAGCUCGCACAACGAACUUGCUAUGUACCAGGGUGUGCCAUGCGAUUACGAUAACGACGACAUCGAUUUUGACGUGCUCGGAUGGUGGAAGCGGAACGAACACAUGUUCCCAUGUCUCGGCAUGCUAGCAAGACAAGUGUUGUCCGUCCCGGUAUCAACCGUAGCAGUUGAACGAGAAUUCAGUGCUGGCGGCAACAUUCUAACCGACUACCGAAGUUGUCUUAACGCUGAAUCUGUUGAAACACUGGUUUGCAACCAAGAUUGGCUCUUGGCAAGACGUCGGGCUCAAGAGUCAUCGUACCAACUCGAAUCGGAGCAUUACAUGAAUGCAACUACAGAUGGAAGUCCGAGUUCUGAAGAAUAAGUUAUAAAUUUUUUUUAUGUUAAUGUAAAUAUGUAAUUAGUUUUUUUAAGUGAGCGAUAUAUAAGCUCCUUCGAGGGUUUCUUUAUGGUUCUUUACCUCGUCGCUUUUUUUGAACCGUCAGGAUAUUAAAUGUGGUUGUUCUUC